GGAGGGUCCCAGAGCGUCACUGGCUGUUUACGGCAGAGUUAAUCGUUUUACGGCCGUGGAGUGGUCUGCCGUAAAGCGUGACGCCGAAGAAAGGUUAAGGAAGUAAGGUCUCCGAUAAAAACCACACAAUCAGCGCCAUGCCCCUCGUGGACAUUCAGUCGCGGCUCGGCAUCAACGUUGACCGCUGGAUCCUGCUGCAGAGCGGAGAGCAGCCCAACAAGCGGCCGGCGCGCUGCCACGCCUUCGAGAAGGAGUGGGUAGAAUGCUCUCAUGGUAUCGGACAGACCCGCGCCAAGAAGGAGUGCCAGCAGGAGUUUGAGGACUUCUACGAGUGCAUGCACCGCCAGAAAACGCACCAGCGGCUGUAUGCUAUCCGUCAGCAGCGCGACAAGAUGAUAAAGGAGGGGACAUACACGCCGCCUCCGCAUCACACGGGAAAAGGCCAGCUGGACCCAUAACCGACCACGGCCGUCCAGAGAUUUAGUGUUGUGUAUAGAAAACAAGGAUCCUCUUCACUCUUCAAAUGUACAAGUUUGAAAAUAAAAACCCUAAUUUGCUGUCCUA